GGAAGCGGCCGUGUUGCCAUAGUAACGGAAAUAGAGUGUACCUUAUUGUUUUAGCCAUGUUUUCCGGGACUAUACAUUCGUAGUUCAGACAUGGGGUCUUGUAUAACAGAGCUUUACUCCUCUGUCUGUAAAGAACUAAAAUUACAAAAUAAUCGAUACAUUAUAGAAGUCCUACAAGAAACGAAAGGGAAGACGGGUAGAGACGUCACACUGCAACUCACUGGGAACGACAGGCUAAGAAAAGUCAAAAGAUUGACGAACGAAGAUGCUCUUGCGCUGUCUAAAAUCCUCAAAGACAACGAACUCGUGACUGGUCUGGCGCUGAGCUACAACUGCAUUACAGACGAGGGGGCUAGGCAUCUCGCUGGCUUGCUCGAGGUAACCGUGUUGUCACAUAGAACUCUCACACUCUUCCCUCAAAUCCAGAUAUGUUGUUGGGCCUGAGUGUGUGACCAGUGUGUUAUUUGUCAGGAGAACGUGUAUCUGCGCUCUCUGGACCUGAUGGGUAAUGACAUUCAGACGGACGGAGCUGAAUACCUUGCCAAGAGUUUGACUACUAACAGCGCCCUCCGGUCUCUGAGGCUGACUGGUAAUAAGAUAGGGAACCACGGAGCCAUGCACUUUGCCAGGAUGCUACAGGUCAACACAACACUACAGGAGUUGGACUUGGCCGACUCCGACCUGGAGACUCAGAGUGUGAUAGCGUUCGCCAUCGUAUUGAACAACAACAAGAGCCUCCGCUCUGUCAACAUCAGCAGACCUCUACUGUUCAGCCACAUGGACGAGGCAGCAGUCCAUCUGUCAGGCAUGUUGCAGGUUAAUCAGAGUCUGAGGGAGCUACACCUGGGGAAGAUGGACCUGACAGACUCUGGAGUGGAGAGACUCACUGAAGCCCUGAGAACCAACUACAGCCUCAAAUACCUGGACCUACGCUGCAACCAUGUGACCCGUGAUGGGGCGAGGUGUCUAGCAGAGGUUCUGAAGAACAAUGGAACCUUGGAGAUUCUGGACUUGGCGUCCAAUCGCAUUGAGGACGACGGCGCCCUCUACCUUAGCCAGGCUAUUGCCCUGCCCACCUGCAACCUCAAAGCGUUGUCCUUACCCAGUAAUAACAUUGCUACUGCUGGGCUGGUGUCUCUGAGUCGAGCCAUGCAGGCCAACAGCACUCUCUCACACAUCUACAUCUGGGGGAACAGGCUGGAGGAGCCCGUCUGCCAGGUGUUCAGUGAUCUGCUGUCCAGUGGUCGUCUCUCGCCGGAGCGGACCGACGUGUGUGCGUAUGAGGUGGAGGGUCGUGUGUGCCUGGCGGAGGUCUUCCAUGGGCUGAGGAGACACUACUACUGGACACCCAGCUAUGGACAGAACGGAGACCCUGCCAGCAACGCAGCUCUGGCCCUAACAAAUACUGCUACCGUGACGACAUCGCAACCCCUCUAACAAACACACCCAAAACACCUCAUGAGAUACAUUAUCCUUCUUUCUUCUUCAGAAUCAGUGUUUAAGGAUAUAAAGGAGCUAAUGUGUAAUAAAGUGUCUAGAUGUG